AGAAUGGAACAACUGGAAGAAAGAGAGAAACCCCUUCUCGGAUACCUGGAGAAAAAGAAAUCCAGUAAUUGAUCCUUUUCCGUCCUAGUUAAGAAUUUGCUUUGCUGAUUGAUCGGGCCUAGACAGGACAGGAUAGUUAAUCCUGAUUGGCUGGGCCCUAGACAGGACAAGAUACUCGAUUCUGAUUGGCUGGGCCCUAAACAAGACAGAAUUUUAGCUUCUGAUUGGCUAAGAACAAAAUCAAUAGCUUCCUGGUCUAAUUUUCUAAAUUUUAUAACCAUGGAAUGCGUCACAUUUUUUUGGAUGUUCUUUGUGGUUCUUAUAAUCAAUAAAUCCUAUCAGAGUUCAAGAAACCAGACUGAAAAUGAGAAAAUAUGCGCUGUAGGGGGCAGGCAACGUAUCUGUGUCCCGAUGAAUUACCAGAAGUACGAUCUACCGGACAUGAAGAACCCCACCUUGGUCACCAUUGGAGUUGAUAUCAAGGAUAUUCCAAAGGUUUCUGACAAAGAUUUCUCAAUAACCAUAAAUGCGUAUUUUAACGUAAAGUGGAGAGAUCCUAGGUUGUUAGUGAGCAAAGAUUACAGUAAAGAAGGGGAGCCAGACCCAGACAGCGAGGAGGAUUUUGAUGCACCGACAUUGACCGCUAUAAACCUGAAUAUACUACAUCAGUUGUGGCUACCAGAUGUUGAAAUUCUUAAUCUAAAAUCAUUUGAGACUCACAGUGUUCUCUCCAAACUUGAAGGUAUCUGGAUAGACUCAAACCUGGAAGUAAUGUAUGCUCUAGCUACAAGAAUCACCUUUAUCUGCCCAAUGCGCUUCAAUGCUUUUCCAAUGGAUAUUCAGGUGUGUAAGUUCCAGGUGGGGAGCUUUAACUACGACAUGAGCAAGAUGGCAUUUCAGAACGAGUUCGUGCCAAAGGAUACAAGUAUAAAAUCUAUCCUUGAUUAUCAGAUAGCAUUCAGUGCUUUAAAGGAUAGAGACACGCAUUAUAUGGCCAUAGGUAUGAACUACAGUGCUACAGGAUUUGAGUUGGUCCUCACUCGUAAAAUGAGUUUCUAUGUUGUUACCUAUUAUCUUCCAUCAGGACUAUUCGUCAUUGUUUCAUGGAUCAGUUUCCUGGUAAACCCUGAGAUAAUACCUGGACAGAUGAUUAAUUGAUUGAUUGUAGUUUCCUGGUAAACCCUUUGUUAAUACUUGGACAGAUGAUUGAUUGAUUGAGUGAAGUUUCCUGGUAAACCCUGAGAUAAUAACUGGACAGAUGAUUGAUUGAUUCUAGUUUCCUGGUAAACCCUGAGAUAAUACCUGGACAGAUGAUUAAUUGAUUGAUUGUAGUUUCCUGGUAA